AUGGAUUUGGUAUUACAGGAAAUGACAAAACGAACAUUCCCGUUGUGUGAAUGUUUUCUGCUGAUUGACCUAUUUGUAGAGUCAAGUUCACAGUUCAAGAACGGGCUAGUUAACCAUGCAUUUGCAGCUGCACUCAGGGCACUCCUUCUUGUAUGUGAUAUAGGUUGCUACUUCUGUGGAUUAUCAAGCCAUGGUGGCAAAAUUGGAACAUCAGUUUCGACUUGGAAGACUUUCCAUCCAAGGAUUAUGGUUUUACUGACAGGGCUGUCUUUUUCAGAGAAUCGAAGCUACAGGGGUUUGAAAAACUAUGCUGAUUUAUUGUUUUCGUUUCUCUCAGCCUAUGAUGGGAUCCAUGCGCGCAUUGGCUGCAGUAAUUCAGUAGGCUUCAGCGAAGCAUUAUGUGGGCUUUGGUGUGCUUAA